AUGGCAUACUCAAUAUCGCCUGUCGAAGCCCAGGACGUGGAUUUGCUCGUGCGAAAAGUCGAAUUCCCUGCACACCAAGACAGCCUACUCUAUCGCUUAAUGUUUCCACACCCAAAGGAGCAACAGUGGGAGCUGAGAGAAGACGAAAUCAGAUGGACGAUUGAUGGGCUUCUUGAGACAGUUUAUCAAGAGGACGAAGCUCUGUACAAGGCGUGCGGAGAAGAUGGGUUGCCUGUUGGGCUGAUAGGCUGGACUUCACAGGGAGCGAAAGGUGGGGAUUGCAUUCACAGUGGCCCAGAAUUUCGUGGCUUGGUAUCUCAAAACGGCUCAGAGAAGAGAGACAAAGAGUCCUCCGGGGUUACGAAGGCAAUGGGAUAUGCCGUAAGCCAUCAGUCAACCUGGAUUUCCUCGCGUCUUGCUCAUCUGUCUCCGUUAGGAAUCACUUUCAUGGCCGUGGAUCCUAAUCAUCAACGUCAAGGCGUUGGGUCUACGCUCAUGAAGAGUUUCUGUGCCUAUGUUGAUCGAAAUGCACUAGACGCGUUUGUUUUGUCCUCGCCUGCUGGUAUUCGACUAUACUCCAGGUUCGGAUUCAGAGCAGUCGGUGUUGUUGAAACAGAGCAUGGAAACUUCACUAGCAUGCUGAGGACUUCAGGCUUAGUCUCGGGUAAAACAUCAAGUUGCCCGCGUGAACAGUAG